CGCGAAAAUCGUAUCUUACGGCUGCUUGCUUGCUCUUGCUGCUAGCUUCAGCGAGACAUCUCCAUCUUACUCAGAGAACACUUGAUUGCCAUGGACUGUUGUGCACGAACGAAUUCAGUUCCAGGGGCGCUCGCUGCUGUGUGAACAAUUUCCACAGUCGCCACGAAAUCAACGUGCUAACGCCAAAAUAUAAUAGAGGGAAUAAAGCAGCACAGGGUCAUCAGAUCGGAUAUUCAGAAAUGGCGAAGAAGGGGAAAAACACCAGCAGCCUGGCCCCGACCUCAGCCCCAACUACAACUCCGGCCGCCGGGAAAUCCAUUAAGAAGGACGCCAAGUCAAAACCCCCCCCGGAGACCGACUUCAUCGUCUUCACCAACUCGGACAAGGACCCCAAGGGACGACGGGGCGGGCCCAGCAGGUCCGGCACCGCGACCCCGAAUGGCAACAACAACCCUUCUGACACCCCCGACGGAUUACCCCGUCCAACCGCCCGCCAACUCAUCGGCGGCGCCUCCUGGACGGGCAAGCUGCCCGUCAACCUCCUCGCCGAGCACUGCCAGAAGCAAAAGUGGGAAAAGCCCGAGUACACGACCGUCAAGACCAAGGAGGGCUUCUCGGUCCUCGUCAGCCUGGCCGCCCGCAACGCAAAGACCAACGAGCUGACCAAGCUGCCGCCCUUCCGCCUGCCGCCCAGCCACGUCCACCUGGCCCACAAGCCGACCGCCCUCGAGGCCAAGCACUUUGCCGCCACCUACGCCCUGUACCGCGUCUGCAGCAUGAAGAACCUGCACCUCACCCUGCCGCCAGACUACAAGGCCCUGUGGAAGGACUUUGAGGCGCUCAAGAAGCUGGACGUCAAGGAGGGGAAGGGGUGGAUGUACGAGGCCGACCCGUUCCAGGCCGCGAGGGAGCGGGAGGAGGCCAAGGCCGCCGCCGAGAAAAAGAGGGCGGCCGCGCAGGCGCAGAGGGAGAAGGCUGCUGCCGAGGGGCACCAGCCUGGUGGCCCGCUUGGGUUCAGGGGGGCUGGUGGUGGGGGUGGACGCGCAGGAGGCGGCGGCGGCGGCGCGCAUGGGCUAAUGAGGGGCUGGGCGACGGUACCCAAAAUUGAGAUGGGGAAUAAGACCAGGUCGCAGCUUGAGGGGUUGUUGCGGAGGGAGACGGUGUGGAAUCCCCACGGCGUGCUCAUGACGCCCGCACAGAAGGCGGCCAUUGUGAGGGAGUUCAGGGAGCUGGGGUUCCGGCAGAGCCAUGUCGAAGAGGCUGUGGAAGAAUGCAAGGACCGCGAGGAGACGCUCGAGUGGCUCCUCGUGCACAUCCCCGAGGACGACCUGCCAAGGUGGGCUCUUCCAGAGAGGUAUACCGCUGGCGUCACAGUGGCCGCUACGGAUUUGCGGAGGGAGGGCGCCAUCAAGCGUCUCUCGCAGUCUGGCUACUCGAAUGAUCUUUGCGCUAGGAUGCUCGACGCAAGUGGUGGCGAUGAGGGCAAGGCCGCCGAGAGUUUGCAGGAGCUGCUCUUGUCAAGCGGCACGGGUUGUCAAGACACGGCUCAACAAGAGGAGAGUGAAUCCUGGAAGAGUCCAGACGAGUGCUGGGGCGAGGAGAUGGCGACCAUUGAGGCCAGUUUCGGCGACAAGUUCACACGCGUAUCCCCCGAUGUCUGCCAGAUACGGCUCGAAUCGGUCAUCAACGGGGAAAACAGCGACGUCGAGACAUACUUGCAGGUCAGGAAGACGCCGCAGUAUCCCGCUCAAGUAGUUUUAGCUGUGCUGGCGCCGCUGCCGGCAUACAUCAAGCUGAGCAUCAUCAAGAGAGCGCUUGCAUACGCCACCGAAUCGCUUCAAGGCGAGGAGAUGAAGAUCUACUUCCUCAUCAGCUGGGUGCAGGAAAGCAUCAACGACAUCAUCGAGCGGCCUGGUGCCCUCAAGGAUGUCGCUGCCGUGUCAUCGGCAGCCUCAGAAGAGCCGGCGACGGCCGUAAGGCAGUCAAGGAGGCGGCCUCGGUACCCGAAGCCCAUCGACUGGACGCCGAACUCCCAAAGCAAACAAGCGUGGACGGCAAGGACAGAGACCCCCGGCUACAAGAAGAUGCUCUCCCAGAGGGAGCGUCUACCGGCGUGGCAAGUUAGGGCCGAGGUGGUCCGGACUGUUACCGAGAACCAGGUCACCAUCAUCUCGGGCGAGACUGGUUCCGGCAAGUCCACGCAGUCUGUCCAGUUCAUCCUGGACGACCUGUACAACAGGGGACUCGGGAACGGAGCCAACAUUAUCGUGACCCAGCCUCGCCGUAUUUCGGCGCUUGGUCUUGCCGACCGCGUGGCUGACGAACGGUGCACCUCGGUCGGGCAGGAAGUUGGCUACUCUAUCCGCGGCGAGAGUAAGACGAGCCCCAACACCAAGAUCACGUUUGUGACGACCGGUGUCCUGCUCAGGCGCCUCCAGACGUCCGGAGGCCGGGUCGAGGACGUAGUAGCCUCGCUAGCCGAUGUCAGCCACAUCGUGGUUGACGAAGUCCACGAGCGGAGUUUGGACACUGACUUUCUGCUGAGCAUCAUCCGUGAUGUUCUGUACAAGCGCCGGGACCUGAAGCUCAUCCUGAUGAGUGCCACUCUUGACGCUGCAUCGUUCAGAGACUACUUCAUGGCAGAUAGGCAGGACGUCACGGUUGGCCUGGUUGAGAUUUCGGGCCGCACGUACCCAGUCCGAGACUACUACCUCGACGAUGUGAUCCGCAUGACAGGCUUCAGCGUUGGAAAUAGGAACGAUUAUUACGAUGACGGUACCAGCACACCGUCAGGAGACCAGACCGAUCCUAUCAAUAAGACCAUCCAGAAGCUUGGCACGCGCAUCAACUACGACUUACUCAUGGAGGCGGUCAGGGCGAUCGACGAAGAUCUGUCAUCGGCACAGAAAGCUGGCGGCAUCCUAGUCUUCUUGCCCGGCGUAGCUGAGAUCAACCGCGCCUGCAACGCCCUGCGAUCAAUUCCUUCGCUCCACGUGUUACCCCUCCACGCAUCGUUGGAGACGCGGGAGCAGAAGAAGGUCUUUGCCGCUGCCCCUCCAGGCAGGAGGAAGGUGGUUGUCGCCACCAACGUGGCAGAGACGUCCAUCACCAUCGACGACAUUGUCGCUGUCAUUGACAGCGGCAGGGUCAAGGAGACGUCGUUCGACCCAGCCAACAACAUGCGCAAGCUCGAGGAGACAUGGGCAUCCCUUGCAGCGUGCAAACAGCGCCGCGGUCGUGCCGGCCGUGUCCAGGCCGGCAAAUGCUACAAACUCUACACGCGCAACCUCGAAUCCCAGAUGGCCGAGCGGCCCGAGCCGGAAAUCCGGCGCGUGCCGCUCGAACAGCUCUGCCUCGCCGUCCGGGCCAUGGGUAUCCGGGACAUCAGCCACUUCCUGUCCCGCGCACCCACACCGCCAAAAGCGACAGCCGUCGAAGGCGCCAUCACCAUGCUUCGGCGAAUGGGCGCGCUGGAUGGUGACGAACUGACGGCCCUCGGCCAGCAGCUGGCCAUGAUCCCGGCCGACCUGCGCUGCGGCAAGCUGAUGGUCUAUGGCGCCAUCUUCGGCUGUCUCGACGACUGCGUUACCAUCGCCGCCAUCCUGAGCACCAGGAGCCCGUUCCUGUCGCCCGCCGAGAAGCGCGACGAGGCAAAGCAGGCCCGGAUGCGCUUCGCUCGCGGGGACGGCGACCUGCUCACCGACCUGCGUGCGUACCAGGAAUGGGAAGCCAUGAUGGCCGACCGCGGCACCCCGCACCGCCGGGUUCGGCAGUGGUGCGACGAGAAUUUCCUGUCAUUCCCCACGCUGUCGGACAUCGCGUCGACGCGAUCCCAGUACUACACCUCCCUCUCCGAGAUGGGCAUCUGGCCGGCGUCCCCGUCCUUCUCGACAACAGCGUCGACCCCUCUCCUCCGCGCGCUGACGGCGUCCGCCUUCAGCCCGCAAAUCUGCCGCAUCCAGUUCCCGGACAAGAAGUUCGCGACGUCUGUCUCGGGCGCCGUCGAGCUCGAUCCCGAGGCCAAGACCAUCAAGUACUUUGCGCAGGACCACGGCCGCGUCUUCAUCCACCCGUCCAGCACCAUGUUUGAUAGCCAGACCUUCUCGGGCAACGCGGCCUUUUUGUCCUAUUUCAACAUGAUGGCGACGAGCAAGGUUUUUGUGCGGGAUCUGACGCCAUUCAACGCCUAUACUCUCCUCCUCUUCUCGGGCGCCAUCGAGCUCGACACCCAAGGCCGCGGCCUCGUCGUCGACGGCUGGCUGCGCCUGCGCGGCUGGGCCCGCAUCGGCGUGCUCGUCUCGCGCCUCAGGGGCGUCAUCGACCGGUUGAUUGAGCGGCGCAUCGAGAACAGCAGCAACAACCCAAAUCCGGGGACAGACAGCGAGAUUAUUCGCCUUGUAACGCGCUUGGUUGAGUUGGAUGGGUUGGAUGCUUGAACCUUCUUCGACUUAACCUGGAAGGGCACUGUGUGGUGAACGGAGGGGACAAGGGGUUGGAUGGAUGUGGGAGGAAGGCUGCACUGUGAUUGAGAGAGAUGCUGAUGUCAACCCUAUGAUUCCUGGAAAUAUGUAGUACGCAGCGUACGCCUCUUCACCUUGCUGUCUCCCGAACAGCAGGAUAGUUGCGGGAUAGUUCUAGCAGAGGGGGACAAGUCGCUGAAAAGUCACUCUGGUUGAUUUUUCCACCCAGUCCCAUGGCAUGGAAACUGUCCCUCCUCUCAUUUCCAAGCUACUGGCUUGGAUCGCUUCUAACAAC